UCGUCUGGUUUCCGGAGUGGAGAGCGAGACGCGAGCUGCAGAGUAGCUUUUAUCAGUGUCCGAUCAGAAGUGAGUGAUGAAAAGAGAGAGCAGGCUGAGGUGACAAGUGUUUGACAGAGCAGCAGCAUGUGGAAUAUAAAAGGCAGGGGAUGUGCACGCUGGGGAAACACUGCAACAAUGAGUCAAUCGCAAACAGAGCUCCAGGAGCUUGAGCGACCAGUCCAGCCAGAACCUGAGCGGAACCAUCGGCUUCCACCCCGGCCUGAGCCGCGUCACAGUGAAGAUCCCCUUCAGGUCCUGCAACAAAACCAGCGCCAGCAUAUGUUACAACAACAGCAGCUGCCAGAGCAGCUCCAAAAUCAACCUUUGUGGAUAAAACACAAAAGGCCGAUCCUCCUCCUUUUAGGCUUAUCUUUAUGUGCCGCCAUACUGGGACUAAUUUUCUAUACGCAUUACAAGCUCCACACAAAGAAUAAUAACCAGCCAGUGACUCCAUGUGUGUCGCCAGCCUGUCGGAAGGCCUCAGCCAGACUCUCCACAUCUAUCGAUCCCUUCACGCAGCCCUGUGACUACUUCUUGUUCACAUGUGGAUCAGAUACGCUUUGGCAGGACAGCGGGAGCAGACAGAGGGGUCAGGGAAUCCCGGGACAUCCUCAAAACCAGAUGGAGAAGUCGGCGUGGCCGGGGCGGGUACCAGAGAAUGAGGAGAAACUCCAGAGGCGGCGGGGAAAAGAUAAAACACUGAACCGGAAAACUGUGCUGCUGCAGCAUCUGAAGGAGAUUUUAGAAUCAAAUGACAUGCUGAACAGUUCAGCAGUACAGAAGGCUAAAGGAUUCUACCACUCCUGCCUGGACACGAGUUCUCUGGAAAACACGGGAGCAGAGCCCUUCCUGACGCUGGUGCAGAAGCUGGGAGGCUGGGCAGUGUCGGGGAAGUGGAACCGGACAGAUUUCAACUCCACGCUGAGAUUACUAAUGAGAGACUACGCCACAUUUCCAUUCUUCAACCUCUAUGUGGGCAAAGAUCCAAAUGAAAUUGGACAAAAAACAACCAAAAGAUACAUACAGAUUGAUCAGCCAGAUUUGUUGAUCCCAAUUGAAUGGAACAGCAAGACACAGAAGUCCGAGGCAAAAACCGAGACUCUCCGGCCUUUCCUGGCAUCCUGUCAGCGGUACCUGGCCAUGCUGGGAGCCCCGCCGAGCAACAGAAUGAUCCACGUGGGCUUGUUCAUCUCCCUGUCCUCUGAGCUGGCCGUGGCGGCUUCGCCUCUGCACUACCGCCUGGUGAAAGGACAGCUCCAUCAGCGCAUGACCAUUAAAGAGCUACAAGAACAGGCCCCUGCUAUCGACUGGCUGGGCUGUCUCCAGGCUACUUUCCACCCUCUGUCUCUCAGUGAAGACGACCACGUCCUGCUGCAUAACUUACCCUACAUCGCGCAAAUGUCCCGGAUCAUUACCAAAUGGCUGAACAAGCAUGAAACGAGCACCAGCGGUCCCCUCCACACCUUCAUGGUCCUCAGCCUGCUGCACACCAUGAUGCCUGCCAUGGACUCCAGAUUCUCCGACACACGGAGGAAUUUCUCUGUGAUUCUGGGAAACACUGAUCAGGAAGCCCCUCGCUGGAAACACUGUGUGCUGGAGACAGAGCGAGGAUUUGGCUCAGUCCUCACACACCUUCUCAGUGAGCGCACAGCCCAAAGAGAGGCAGAGGAGACUAUACAGAACGUAUUUUCCACCUUCAAGGCCAAAUUACAUGAGUUGAAUUGGAUGGAUCAGAAAACUCACCAGCUUGUCAUGGAGAAGAUUCACUCUUUCACUCCAAGACUCUGGACUUCAGAGGAGAUCUCCAGGGGAGCCGAGCUAGACCUGACGUUUUCAGAGGUGACUGUCAGCACACACAGCUUCUUCUCCAACUACGUCCAGCUGCUGUCGCUGUGGCAGAAAAGGCGCAGUAAACUCCUGACCGAUCCGAGCGAGCCUGCUGAUAUUAUGUCUGUCACACCAGUUCUGCUGGGUAAAGACAUCGUGUUUCCCGUGGGAAUGUUCAUCCCUCCUCUCUUUCAUUCCACAUACCCCAGAGCCAUGAAUUACGGUGCAGCUGGUUUCCUCAUCACCAAAGAUAUCAUCCAUCUGCUGCUGCCCGAGAUUCUCUCUCACAGUGAGACGAUGCGUGCUGUGGGGAAGUGUGUGUGGGAUCACUACCUCACCGUGACUGACGGAGCGGGUCGAGGCAGCGUGUCUCGGCUCUCAGCCGCACAGCAGCAGGAACUGUGGCUGCAGUACUUUGCGCUGCAGGUAGCACUGCAGGCCUAUCAGCAGAGUCUGAGGCAGCGUCCCGGAGACAGCUCCCUGUCGGGGCUGUCACACACUCAUCUGUUUCUCACAGCUUUCUCACAGAUUAACUGUGACACUGACCCGUACUGGGAGUUCAUGCCUCUGGAGCCUUCCUUCUUGAUCACAGUCAUUUGUGCCAAAACAAACCUGUGUCCUACCAGCCUCCAGUGCUCACUCAGGCCCCAGCAGAGUUCAGUACAAACAUGCUGAGGAGCCUCAUAUGAGCACUAACAGAACUCCAUUUAUGAUUUAAAACAAUAUUUUUUGCAGGGAAUGUUGUGAAGAUGUAAGUGAAUGUGAGAAUAAUUAUGUAUUUUGUUCAUUAUUGAAAGUGACAAAAAAUAAAUAUUUGAUAAGAAUA